GGGCGGGCGGGCAGGCUGGGAACCUCCGCCGCGUGGGCCCCACGGGGCCGGGUUCGCUGGCGGGUCUCCUGGCCCAGGCCGUCCCCGUCGGAAUGCACGCUUUUCCUUCCUCCGGAGCUUGCUCGUGCUCUUUGGGCCUUAACAGUGUUCUGUGUACUUAACGGAGUGGCCUCGAGCUUCCCAGAACAUGCCUUUUGCUGAGUGCUUUCUAUGAGUGGGUCUUCGAAGAGCCAUCCCCUGCCAACAGCCUCAGCUUCUCUUGGAUACCCCUUCACAGAUGAGAAUUCUAGAUCCCCUGAGCAGUACUUUGACUGAGGUCACGACCCAAUGCUUUAGGAAGCGCCACAGGGCCGUUUUGCCACGCUGCAGCUUGACAACCGCAACUUGGGGGAUGAUCCUCACGGAAUCAUGGUUAUGGACUUUGCUAGCCUGAAUGAGUAACUUUCACCGUUUAAUCUCUGAGAUGUAAUAGAUAAGCUACAACUCCUUGGUCUCACACUGACUUAGUGAUCACUGCAUUAGCUAUGGGUCACCGUCCAAUCCAGUGUGUGUUGAGGUUCUGUGUUUUAACCCUGUGGGACUGAUACCUGCUGUUUAGCUGGUGCAUGAAGCUACUGGGGGAGCUCCUCCAGUCACAGGUAUGGCAAUUCUGUUACAGAAUGUUUUGGGGAGGGGCUGGCUGCCCAAUUCCUGCACAGAGAUAUGAUUCUGGGGUAAUUCAGCAGUCAUGCUUUUUUUCCACCUCGGAAAGGCAGGUUCCAGGGUCCACAGAGUCCACUGACUAUUGCUCUUGUGAUUUAGGUGGUUUUACUCCAGAUGAGCUGUUGAAGAUAUGGAAAGGGCUGUUUUACUGCAUGUGGAUGCAGGACAAGCCGCUCCAGCAGGAAGAACUAGGAAGGACCAUUUCCCAGCUCAUCCAUGCUUUUCAGACUACAGAGGCACAGCACCUGUUCCUGCGGGCGUUCUGGCAGACCAUGAUCCGAGAGUGGGUGGGCAUCGACCGGCUGCGCCUGGACAAGUUCUACAUGCUCAUGAGGAUGGUCCUGAGUGAGUCACUGAAGGCCUUGAAAACCCAAGGAUGGGAAGAAAGACAGAUUGAGCAGCUGCUGGAGCUGCUCACCACCGAGGUACUGAACCCCGACAGCCAGGCCCCCAAUGGGGUGAAGAGCCACUUCCUGGAGAUCUUCCUGGAGGAGCUGACCAAAGUGGGUGCUGCAGAGCUCACCGCAGACCAGAAUCUGCAGUUCAUCGACCCCUUCUGCCAGAUAGCAGCCCGCACUAAGGACUCCUUAGUUUUAAAUAAGAUCACUCGAAGCAUCCUGGAGACGAUUGUGGAGCAGGCUCCCUUGGCCAUUGAAGACCUAAUGAAUGAACUGGACACACAGAGUGGGGAGGGUGAAGCGUCAGAUGGUGAUGAGGAGUCCUCGGAGGGUGAGCAGGAUCUGCAAGACACACCGCCCAAGAGGCUGCCUGCAGGCUCCAGACAUAGGGCUGACCCUGAGGCAGACAAGGAGCAGGUGUGGGAUGAUGAGGAAAACGCUGGCCCUGUCCUCCAGUUUGACUACGAGGCAGUUGCUAACAGACUGUUUAAGCUCGCCAGUAGACAGAGCACCCCUUCUCAGAACAGGAAACGCCUCUACAAAGUGAUCCAAAAGUUGCGGGACCUGGCUGGAGGCACUUUCCCUGAUGAUGAGGUCCCUGAAAAGGCCUACAAGAAGCUGCUGGAAGGGAGGCGGGAGCGGAAGAAGAAGAAGAAAAAGAAGCGUUUGCCCACCACAUCGCAGCCACAGAGUAAGACAGGGGAAAGCGAGACAGAAGCCUCAAGUACAGACCUGAGCCCGGGGAUGAAGAGGAAGAGGAGCAGGAGGGAUGAGAAGGCUGGCCAAGGAGGGCCUCCUGGGAAGAGGAGGAAGUCUGGUGCUAGAGCAAAGGGGCCUGGGGGCCAGCAGCCAGCGAGGAAGAGGAAGCAGCCAUUGCAGAGUGAGAAGUGAGGUGCACGGCCCAAGCCGGCCGUCCUUGCUGGCGCCUGGUUAUUCGGCAGGAUACCUGGACAUGCUCCUGGAGCCUCUGAAUGCCGAGGCUCUGAGCUUCCCAUAGGGCAGAGACAGGAGCAGGAUGAAGAAGGAGCUUUGUCCAGUGCCGGCCUUCAGGGCCACUGCCUGCCUACUGGUAACUCACUAAGACUCAAAAUUCCACCUGGACCGUGUACAGAGGCCAGUCUGGGUCCCAGAGUUCUUCUUCCCCCAAAAUAAGAAAAAUGAAACCAGGUAACUCCACCUGUGUGGGUACUGUCACCUCUUCCCUGCGCUGCCCACAAAAUAAACUACAGGUCCUCACAGCA